AUGGCCCAACCAGCGACCAGCGGGGCCGGGAAUGCCCAACAGCCCGAUCAGAACUUUGACUACAUGUUCAAAUUGCUGAUUAUUGGCAAUUCGUCGGUCGGGAAGACGUCCUUUUUGUUCCGUUAUUGCGACGAUUCCUUCACUUCGGCGUUCGUUUCGACGGUCGGCAUUGACUUCAAGGUGAAGACCGUCUUUCGAGGAGACAAACGCGUCAAACUUCAGAUUUGGGUGAGUUUUUGGCGAUGCUUUGGGUUUAGAGGAGCAAAAGUGGGGCAAAAAUGGCAAGAUUUAAAUUGUAAAAUACGGAAAUUCUGAUUUAAAAAGCAUGCAUUUUGAUAUUUUUUUGAGCCGCAAAAAUAUCUAUUACAGUGGCGGAUAUGAUCCAGUGGCAAAAACGUACCAUUUUACAUCCAGGAAGUAUCAAAAAUGUGGCAAAAUACCUCCCUCUCCAAGUGAAAAAUCUCCGAUUUCACAAGGAAAGUACUUUUAUGGGGGCUCCUACUUUUUGACGGGACAUAUCUCAAAAAAUCAGAAAAAAUGUGCUGAUCAAGGAUAUAUAGAUCUUAGCUGCCCAUUUUAGGUUUUUAGGGGUGAAAACUCAAUCUGAAGUUGACUUAAAGUACUAUAUAAACCCCUUUUCGCUUAAUUUUUCACAGGUUUACAAUUGAUUUUCUAAGACGUAAUAAAUCAGUCUUGGCCCAAAAAUUUGUUUUUCCAACCUUCAACUUCAAAAAAAGUUGAUUCAGCCCAAAAAAGAAAUCGAACUCGUGCGGCGUCCUCCCUCUUGAUUCCCAGGCUACGGCACUAACCACUCGGCCACACCGCUCUCUUCCGAAGGAAGAGACCGACUGCGCUUUUUAUCGUUUCGAAUGCCUGCGCCUUUUGUAGGGAAAUUAGGCCAGUUUUUGGGCAUUUUCACCCCUAAAAACCUAAAAUGGGCAGCUAAGAUUUAUAUAUCCUUGAUCAGCACAUUUUUUCUGAUUUUUUGAGAUAUGUCCCGUCAAAAAGUAGGAGCCCCCAUAAAAGUACUUUCCUUAUCAAAAGCUCUUUUUGUGAGGAAAAAGGGCGCGCCCUUCAAAAAACGAAGUUUUUUCACUUGGAAAGAAAGGUAUUUUGCCACAUUUUUUGAUACUUCCCGGAUGCAAAAUGGUACGUUUUUUACCACCGGAUCACUGAAGAACCUUGUAAACAUUUUUUGAGAUUCUUAGUUCGCGCUUUGCAGAAACCACCAAGAUUUUUUGGUCGAAAUUUGAUAAAAAUAUUUUUUUUUUUGAGAUUUUGCAAAAAAUUUUGGCUUGAAAAUAUAAAUAACUGGUUUAAUUUCACAUUUUUCAACAAAAAACAUAAUUUUUUCAGAGAAAAAAUCGAUAAGCAAUAGUUUUUAAAUAUUUUUUAAAGCGAUUUUUUUCACAAUCUUUUCAAAUUUUUUUUUCAUUUUUCAAUUUUAGGAUACCGCCGGUCAAGAGCGUUACCGUACGAUCACCACGGCCUACUAUCGCGGCGCCAUGGGCUUCAUCCUCAUGUACGACAUCACCAACGAGGAGUCCUUCAACAGUGUGCAGGACUGGUGCACUCAGAUCAAGACCUACUCCUGGGAGAACGCGCAAGUCGUGCUGGUGGGCAACAAGUGCGACAUGGCCGACGAGCGUGUCGUGAGCCUCGAACGCGGCCGACAGCUGGCCGACCAGCUCGGCCUCGAGUUCUUCGAGGCCUCGGCCAAGGAGAACAUCAACGUGAAGUCGGUGUUCGACAAGCUGGUCGACAUUAUUUGCCAGAAGAUGGCGGAGAGCCUGGACAAGUCCAACCCGGCCACGAAUCAGCCGCAGGGCCACAAGUUGGAGGCCAACGACGCCGCCAAAAAGCCGGCCGGACAGAAUUGUAAUUGCUAG